GAGGAGGGGUAGAAUGGGAAAGGAGGUCCACCUCACUAGCGUCCUCUCCUGCAUAGUGCCGCUACGUACAUGCACGCAUCGAUCCACAACCUUUUGCUUCGGCGGAGUAGUCAAUCGUCAUUCGUCACCCAUUAAUAUAUAUAAUUCGGUUAAAAUAAGCAUAUUCUCUCUCUCUCUCUCUCUCUUCUCGCUGCACUCUCUCUUCUUCUCCAUCCCUCUCUCUUCCCGAUUGCUUCUUUGGUUCGUUCGCAUUUCGCCUCGUAUCCAUCCCACAUUUUCUCUCUACUCAAAUUGGAAAUCCCUUACCUUCCCAUCGUGUCCGCGGUGGCCAUGGAUGUCUGGUCCGUGCACGUCAAGAACACACAUCAAACGCCCCUUCUGCUGCGAAGCUCGUUUGUCGAUAAAGCCCUUUCCUGGAAUCCGAGGCACUUGAGUUAUUCCGGAGUCGAAGAUGGCAGGGCGUUCGAGAUCAGGGUUUCGAAGCGCAAGGCUGCUGCUUUGUUUUCUCCUUCUAAGUGUCAGCCGUCGAUUGUUAGAGCCAUGGGGAAGAAGAAUCACGGGGGGAAUUCGUCUUCGUCGGGAAAUGGUGAUCGGUUUGUUCCUGGAGGAGAUAGCCCUAAACGAAAUAAUUCUUCUGAUGGAAACAAAUCCAAUAUAAUUUUGGACUGGAGAGAAGUUAGAGCAACUCUCUUUAGGCGGGAGCAGGCAGAAAAGGCAGAAUCAGAAGUUCGUACCAAGGAAGGGGCAUCCUACGAGUCUAAACCUCUAGGCCAGAAAUGGGCCCACCCCAUAACAGUACCUGAGACUGGCUGUGUCCUCGUUGCCACAGAAAAGCUUGAUGGUGUUCGCACUUUUGAGAGAACCGUUAUUCUCCUCCUCCGAUCUGGAACUAGGCAUCCACAUGAGGGGCCAUUUGGGGUUGUCAUUAACCGCCCACUUCCAAAAAAGAUUAAACACAUGAAGCCCUCUAAUCUUGAUCUAGCUACCACUUUUGCUGAUUGCUCUUUGCAUUUUGGUGGCCCCCUUGAGGCAAGCAUGUUUUUGUUAAAAGCAGGUGACAAAUCAAAAAAGCUCCCUGGCUUUGAAGAGGUGAUCCCUGGCCUCUGCUUUGGUGCACGAAACAGUUUGGAUGAAGCUGCUGGACUGGUGAGGAAUGGGGUACUUAAGCCUCAGGACUUCAGGUUCUUUGUUGGAUAUGCAGGCUGGCAGUUGGAUCAAUUGAGAGAGGAGAUUGAGUCAGAUUACUGGUAUGUCGCAGCUUGUAGCUCAAAUUUGAUUUAUGGGGCUUCGGAGUCAUCGGAAAGUCAGUGGGAGGAGAUUUUGCAGCUAAUGGGAGGUCGCUACUCAGAGCUGAGCCGGAAGCCCAAGCAAGAUACACAGUAAUUUCUCAGUGAGUAGGAGCUCAUAGCUUAAAGAGGCAAUUGCUGUAUAUCUGCUGCAAAAUGUACAGGAUGUUUAAGGGGACUACUUUUUUUUUUGGUUAAUUAGUUUUCCUUUUUUCAAAAACUUAUUAUUUUGUAUGUAAUAAGAACUUGAGGUUAUUUAUUUGAAUAAUAGUUGAAGAAUUUCAAUUCCGCCAA